AUGAAACGAAUAAAAGGAAAAAAAAUCGAUCAAAUAUUUGAACGGUGCCUGCUGAAUAAUUGGGUCAGUUUCUUCUCCGAACGUUUCCACAAAGCAUCCAUGCUUUCAGUCCGAAUAUCUUUUCUCCGUCAUCAAUCUCUGCGUAGGACUCGGAAACUUCAUGUACUUUCCAGCCAAAGUUUACGAAUAUCGAGGCGGAGCCUAUCUUGUUGCCUAUGGAUUCAUGCUCGCAAUGAUCGGUCUUCCCCUCCUUUAUCUCGAACUGAUUCUCGGUCAGUUCCAUCGCUGUUCUUCGCUGAUUUUCAUGAGGAGAUGUGCCCCAAUUCUGCAAGGAUUCGGCUGGAUGUCGGUCACUUCCGCUUUCCUUCUCCUCUACACCUAUCAGUAUUCUGUCGCUCGGGCGUUCAAAUUCCUCGUCUCACUGUCUCGUUCUCACUCACAAAGUAUGCCCUGGACGUCAUGUGGCAACGCGUGGAAUGAUGAGAGUUCGUUUGAGAAGGAUUCUGGAUACCUAUGUUUAUGUUUCAGAAUGCUAUGAAUUCUACACCGAAAACUGUCCUGCGCCCAAAAUUGCUCACAUUCUCUAUCAGAAACAGUGUGUGAAUGAGUCGAGGCUGAUUCCGAUCAUGGUCGAAUCGGCGGAAGAGCAGUAUCUUCAGUAUGGAAAGACUUUGGAACAAACUAAACUUCAAAUUUAACUUCAGGAACGUGGUUCAUAAAAUCGGACCUGUCCAGUUGUCCUUUUCCAAUUUCGACUGGGGAAUGUUCUAUUCCCUUCUUAUACUAUGGCUCACAAUCGCCUUCGUUCAGAAUCGGACACGCUCCAAAGCCACUGUCCUCAUCUACGUGAGAUCCGUUCCGAUUUCCUUAAGUUGCCUUUUCUUCAGAUUCCGACUCUCUUCGUCUUCCUCGUCUGCCCUUUCCUUCUGGUAAGGGCUCUCCACUUGGACGGAGCAAGCAGUGGGGUAAAUGAGAUGUUCACGGUCAAAUGGACCGAGUUGCUGCAAAGUAAAGUGUGGCUGGAUGCUCUCGCAAAUGUGCUCACUUCUCUGAGCCUUGGAAUGGGCGCCCACACAAUCAUCGGAUCGUUCGGUCCUCCACGAGCAAACACUUUCAAAGUUCUAGACUUCUCCAUAUUCGAGAAUCCAUUCUCUCUUUUCUCAGAUUGCCACGAUCGCUAUGAUCGUCGACACCAGCCUGAGUUUGAUUGUCACUGCAACUCUCUACUCUAUUCUCGGAUACAUGAAAACGAAAAUCGGACGGGAAUCCAUUUACGAGAUCAUGUUCAUUCCUUCAGGUUCCGGCCACCUUAGUCUGUUCAUCUUCAUUCUUGCCAGGAAACCUUCUGACCCACUCCACGUUCCCAGUCCUUCUCCGUCAAGUUGCCAACAACGCUUGGAUGUGGAUUUUCCUCUAUUACUCAGUUCUCGUGAUCGUUGGAUGGAAGACGUGUGCCCGUAAAAACAGUUUUCACAAUUCAAACCAUUCCUUCUGUUUCAGUGAUAAUCAAGGUCUUUGUUGCUCUAAUAGCUGACGCAUUUCGCAUUUCCAUCAGACGGCACAUGUAUAAUAUCAUUUUCAUGGCCGUCUGCACUUUUCUUUCCGUUUCCGGAGUUAUACUUUGCCUGGAUGUAUGCUGAAAUGUAUGAUCGCACAUGCUCAUUUUCAACUGCUCAGACUGGCCCUCACUUCAUCGAACUGCUUCAGGAUCUUCAGAAAGUGCUCUCCGGCGCGUUUAUCAUUGGCCUACUGAUUGCUGUCGUCGAUAUUUACGGACUGACCACCAUCUACGGAGACAUUCACAUUCUAAUGGGUCGUCCGUCUCCGGAGCAGUGGAGCAAAGUGUACACGUGGAGAAUGUGGGGAUGGAGAUGGAAGAUGGCUCCCGCGUUCGCACUUCUCCACAUAUUAACAGCGUUCUUCCCGAAAAGUUCAGAAAAAGGGAUCUCUUUCGAAGUAGUGGACACGGUUAACCUUUUCUUUCAAUGUCAUUUUCCUAAUUGCAACUUCCAGGGAAUCCCAAUUUUCCUCGCUCUUUUCUUUAUUGUUGCCCAUGUCGGCCCUGCUCUUUUCAAAGGAUUAUACAAAACAGAAGAGUACAUGAAGAAACACGAGAAGCAUGUAUGAAACGUCCGAAAGGAUCAGAGAAUUGAUGAAUCGCGCAAUUACAGAAGACGUUCAAUUCAUCCUAUUUCUUUCGCACUCAACGUCAUCUUCGUUCGUGGGAUCGAAUUGAAAAACAGAUGAGCGCUGAGAAAAAGGAAUGGAAUCAGGUGGGGAGGGGUCACAUGUCCUCUCAAUCUUGAUUGGUUCAGAAACAUCUUCCCGAGAACGAUCCAGAAGAUCCGGAUGGAAUCUGGGUGGAAUUCUACAAGUCUUUUCAGGAAAAACAUUAUCCCCCUGAUAAGUCGGAAGGAAAGAAAGAUUCAAAGUCGACAGAGAAGAAGAAGGAAAAGUCGAAGAAGAACUCAGCGAAAGAGAACUCGCUCAACUUUGAUGUAGGUCAUCCACAGGUACAGAAAUCUUUAUUUGAGCUUUUUGGCAGACAUAUCACGAUUAUAAGGAGAAGAGUGAGAAGAAAAGAAAGCGAAGCAGAAGCAGAAGAAGAGGAAAUAGUUAUUCUGAUUAA